AUGGCUUCCUCCCUCAAUUCGGCGCCGGCUGCAAGCAGCUCGGGCAAUGCCACCAACUCCUCGCAAUCCUCUGGACGGCCUUCGGGUCCUUCCCUGCGACCGAGCGCCAGCAUUAAGGGCGACGGCCGACGACAGUCUAACAGUCCUGGUGACGCUGGCCAACGGUACGAUGCACUUCCCCUCCUGUUCCUUUCCCCUCGCCUGGUCCUCUAUUUCCGCAUGCAAUACUCGCUUUGUCGCGACAAACUGGAGCUCAUCUGGGUUCGUUCCGUCCGCGACAUCCUCGCCAACGGUGCCUCCGUGCACGUGCCCCUCGACCUGAUGAUGAGCUCGGUUUGCGGGCUGGUGCGCAGUAACUCCCACAAAGCCUGGUCGCAAGGCACCAACCCCAUCACGCAACGCUCAACGAACAACUACUCAAACUCGAACGGAAGCAACCACAAGCAAUCCGCUUCUCCUCGCCCGGGCCAGAAGGAGUCGAGCACGGCCGAUCACCACGCGCAUGACCGAGUAGUGUUCCUGUGUGCCAGCUACGUGGGUCUUCAAACCACGAUCACCACCAAUAACGGCGACCAGUAUACUGGCAUUAUGUCUUCCUCGGCCAUCGAGCCCAACAGUGGUUCUUCGUUCCUGUUGAAGAUGGUCCAACGGUCAUCUCAAGAGAACCAGCCCAAAUCGAACGGUGUGAGUGAUGUGACAAGCCCGUAUCUGGGCGCCACUCCCGAACAUAGCAUGUCAUUCGACUUCAGUGACAUCGCGGGUAUCACCGUGCCGAAAGUAUCACCCGCUGAGGUCACCGUCAAGGAAUCCAAUGGCGCAUCACGAUUUAGGACUGACGCCGACAUCUCGGGCAACCUCGCUAUGCGCGAGCGUACUUUGCAGCGAUGGGAACCCGCCGAGGGCGAAGUCAACAUGUCCCUCGAGACCUCUGUCGGUGACACUGCUGGAUGGGACCAAUUUGCAGCCAACGAGAAGCUGUUCGGUGCCAAGACCGACUACGACGAGAGCAUUUACACCACGUCUCUUGAUCGCAACUCUGUGACUUAUCGCCAGAAAGCAGCUGAAGCGGCGAAGAUUGCUGCUGAGAUUGAAGGCACAAACGUCGACAAUCCUCACAUGCUUGAGGAACGAGGACUGACUGGUCCCGAUACUGGUGAUCAAGACGAGGAAGACAAGUACAGCGGUGUUCGUCGAGAGAACAAGGCCUUCCCCUCCCUGGUUUCUGGUCAGCCCAACAAAUACACCCCACCCGCGCGUCGUCAAACUGGAGCACCUUCGCAGGCGGCUCCUCAGCAAGCCGCGACUACUUCUGGUGCUACCCUAGUCAGUGCUGCACCCGCUGAUGCCGAGCAGACUCCCGCGGCGGUCAAGCCCCAACCGCAGCAGGAGCCCAACGCCGCUUCGAACAAAUCUAGUGCCGAUGCCACCGCCGCUUCGGCGAAGCGGGCGGCGACCGAGAACGGUACCGCAACUUUCGAGUCCAAAGUACGAGACGACUUCCGUCAAUUCGCUAGCAGUGAAAAGGCACAUGUGGCAAAGGUCCAAGAACGCCGUCGCAACCAGGUGGCUCAUGACCGGAUCGUCAAGCUGAACGAGCUGAUGAAGUUCUCGAAGAAUUUCAAGCUAUCGACUCCGGUUCCCAAAGAUCUGGUGCCCAUUCUUGCUAAGGACCGCGCCAAGCAAGAGGCCAUCAUUAGUCGAGUCUCGGAGGAGAAAACCAGCCCGAAGACCACAACCCCGCCUGCCGAGCAGAAGCCUCAGACAGGACGGGCCGUACCAAGUGGCCCAGUGCCUUCUGCGGCGCCGGCAGACCGCCAAACGUAUCCUCGAAGAAGCCCCCAGGGUGCUCCCCCUACUGGUCCACUCGCUGCAGGACUUGGAGGUCGUUUCCCCCAGCAACCGAUGCAGCCAGGCCGCCCCGGAGCUAGUAUGCUCAGCCAUCGUCUCGUGGAUAACCUUCAACAGCGCAAGGGAGCUGGCGUGGGACCUGGUAUCCCGGCUCCUCUGCCUAUUCAAGAUCCACGCACGCCGCCAACCGGACCAGCUAAUGAACAACAUCGGAUCACCAGCCCCGUGAAGCCCCAGGCAUCCGCGUCCACUGGACACUCGAAGUUCAAUGUGCGUGCUAUGGAAUUCAAGCCCAACCCGGCGGCAAAUACAUUCACCCCGGCUGGUACCAACUCGAGCUCAAGUGGCGGGGGGCCAACCCCAGGCACCACUGCGACUGCGGCUAGUAAUCCUCGAUCAUUCUCCCGCAACCGCUCUGUGUCUCGCGCGUCAUCGCCGUCUGCCUUCUUUGGCGCCAAGAAGCCGGUGCCUAUUGCCGAAAGGCCCUCCAUUGAUGACCAAUUCAAUGCCAUCAAGCGCAUGAAGAAAGAAGGCGCGGAGUCGGCAGAAAAGUCGUACUCCUUUAACGGCGGCAUCCCUCCUCCCUACAAAACCUUGCCAACCUGGGAUCAUCCUGAAUCAAACCGGGAGAAGACUUUCGACCAGAUGUUCAAAGCGCCCGGCGGGAUGCCUUCGGCAUCACCUCAGGGUCGCUCCACCUCCAACAAUCCUCAUCUUCCUCAGCAACAUCCGAUGUCCUUCCACCCGGGCAUGCCUCCCUCCUCUGGUCCACCCAACGGGCCUCAUCUCCACCAAGGCCCACAUGGGCCCGCAACCGGGCACAUGGACGAUCACCACCGCUUGCAAAUGUCCGCCUCGUCGCCACAGGUCUUUCCUUCUCCGCGUCUUCAGUAUGGUCAAAUGGGGUAUCCUUCCCCCAUGGUCGGCGCCCCAGCUCAGGCAGGUUUCGGACAGGGUAUGCCCCCACAGGCAAUGCCCCAGUACUACCCGUCUGGGCAGGUAAGGUAUCCCCCUGGUCCUCAGAUGACUCCCUUCAUGAACAACCCAGGCGCGACGAUGGGAGGAGCCCCGAUGAUGCAACAACCGUCCAACGGCCCUUACGUGGGUGGAAUGUCUCCUUACAACCCCCAGAUGCAAAUGUACUCGCCGUCUCCCGGUCACGCCUACCCACAGCACGCACCGCCUCAGCCUCACAGUGGCUACCCGAGCCCCAGCCGUGGCGCACCUAUGAUGAUGCACCAGAACUCGCAAUCCGGUCAGCCGCCCCAACCGAUGAUGUUCAUGUCGCCGGGACAGCAGCACGGACAGCCCGGCUUCGGACCUCAGCAGCCACCAGGUGAGUUGUCUUAUCGCCUGUUUUGGAUUCCCGUCAUUGCUCAUCCGCGACUGCCAGUUGCGCACCCGGGUCGAGGAAACUACGCUCAGAAUCCUCAUUUCCCGUCAAGCCCACACCAAGCUCAUCAUUUCCCCCAAAACCAGCAUCGCGCGCCCAGCACUAGCCACAACCAGGGACAUCAGUUUUCUCAGCCGCCCAACGCGCCUUCUGCCAACACCGGCGCUGCCACUCACUCGGCUGAGCCGACUGAUGACAACAAAUGA